AUGAAAAAGAUGAAAGGGAAAGAGACAGACAAAAGAGAGCAGAAGAAAGAAAAUAAGAGAGAAAUGGAGGACAGGAGGAAUGAUGAGAUACGGAAAGCAACAGAAAGUAUUGAAAGAAAAUUAAGGAAAGACGAAAUGUUGAAAGAGAAAAUGAAAGAAGAGAAAAGAAAAAAAGAGAAACAAAGAAUUGAAGCAGACAGAACAGAAAAAGAAAAAUAAGACAAACUUGAGAAGGAAAGGACAGAGAAAGAAAAACAGGAGAAAAUUGAAAAUGAAAAAAAGAGAAUAGAAAAAGAAAAACAAGACAAACUUGAGAAGGAAAGGAGAGAGAAAGAAGAACAAGACAAACUCGAGAAGGAAAAGAGGGAGAAAGAAAAACAGGAGAAAAUUGAAAAUGAAAGAAGAGAAAAGGAAAAAGAGAAACAAAGGAUUGAAGCAGAGAGAAUAGAAAAAGAAAAACAAGACAAACUUGAGAAGGAAAAACAGCAGAAAAUUGAAAAUGAAAGAAGAGAAAAGGAAAAAGAGAAACAAAGGAUUGAAGCAGAGAGAAUAGAAAAAGAAAAACAAGAUACACUUGAGAAGGAAAGGAGAGAGAAAGAAAAACAGGAGAAAAUUGAAAAUGAAAGAAGAGAAAAUGAAAAACAGGAACAAACGAUUAAAGCAGAGAGAAUAGAAAAAGAAAAACAAGACAAAACGGAGAAGGAAAAACAGGAGAAAAUCGAAAAUGAAAAGAGAGAAAUGGAAAAACAACAGAAACAGAGGAUGGAAAUUGAAAAAUUAGAAAAAGAAAGAAAAGAACAGGAAAGGAGAGAGGAGAAACAAGAGAGGAGAGGAAAGGAAAAGGAAGAAAAAGAUUGA